AUGUUCAAAUUACUGGUUUUAAUAUUAUACAUAGGCUUUAAUUAUUGUUUAGUUGAAGGCGAAAGAAGUAUUCCGACCGUAAUAACGACAUGGUCAUUCACAAAUGCUUCAGAAAAAGCAUGGGAAGUCCUUAAGAAUGGAGGCAAAGCCUUAGAUGCUGUAGAACAAGGUGGCAUAGUAUGUGAAAACGAGCAAUGUGAUCGGACAGUGGGAUAUGGAGGAAGUCCUGAUGAAGAUGGGGAGACAACACUAGAUGCCUUUAUAAUGGAUGGGAAAACAAUGAAUGUUGGUGCAGUGGCAGCUCUACGGAGGAUAAAAAGUGCAAUAUCAGUUGCUCGACAUGUUAUGGAGUACACAAAACAUUCAUUCCUGGCUGGAGAAUUGGCUACAAAGUUUGCUGUUGAAAUGGGAUUCAAGGAAGAAUCUCUUUCUACUGAUGAAUCUAUGGAAUUAUGGUCAAAAUGGCGGUUUCAAAAACAAUGCCAACCCAAUUUUCGGAAGAAUGUGAAACCAGAUCCACGUAAACAUUGUGGGCCUUAUCAUAAAAAGAGGAAUUUUAUUGAUUACAUACAUCCUGAAGUGUUUGUAGUUGACCGAUAUAAUCAUGACACUAUCGGUAUGGUUGCUGUGGACAGUGAAGGAGAUGUAGCAGCUGGUACUUCUACUAAUGGUGCUAAGUUCAAAAUACCUGGAAGAGUAGGCGACUCUCCCAUUCCCGGUGCAGGGGCUUACGCUGACAAUACAGUAGGGGGAGCGGCAGCUACUGGUGACGGCGACACCAUGAUGAGGUUUCUACCUAGUUUCUUAGCUGUAGAGGAAAUGCGUCGAGGGGCAUCACCAACGGAUGCCGCGAAAACUGCAAUCAAAAGAAUCUCAGCACAUCAUCCUGAUUUCAUGGGUGCUGUAAUAGCUUUAACCAAAAAUGGCCAAUACGGGGCCGCGUGUAAUGGUAUCGAAACGUUUCCAUUCGUUGUGCAAGAUAAAACACGAAAAACAUUUGAAGUUGUUACUAUUAAAUGUUGA